GUGUUUAUUUACAUAUAUUGGCCGAUACUUUUGGAUCAAUAGGAGUAUUAAUCUCCACACUUCUUAUCCAGCAAUUUGGUUGGACUGGAUUUGACCCAUUAGCGUCCAUAUUGAUUGCUGGAUUAAUAUUUAUAAGUGUCAUACCUUUAAUCAAACAUUCAUCUUCUGUAUUAAUGCUUACUAUUAACGAUGAGCUUGAGUAUCAAAUAACUGAAGGACUGCAUGAG